CGAGACAAAAAAAGAAAAAAGAAAAACCACACGAGGGGCUUUUGUAUAAAAUUAUUUUUUUAUAUUUGCCUUACUGUACCUUGUCCGAAAAUUCUAAAUGUCAAUUUUCUAAUCUCUCUCUCUCACACACAAACACACACAAACAAAUGAACAGCAAAAACUGACUUCAGAAGUGAUAAAAUCUGCUGCCCAGAAAAAAAAAAUAGAGAAAUUUCAGUUUAUUUCAUUUUUUAGGGUUUAUGUUUCUUCAUGCAUGUUUCAUGUAUGUAAUGAAGAAGACAGAAAUUCCAAGAAAGCCCUUAGACCUAGUCGCUGACAGCCUUCAUUGAUUUUGAUGCUUAUCCGGUUAUCCCAAACCGCGUUUUUGUUGGGCCGUGUUUGGAAGGAUGGCCGGUUCUAAUACUAGGUUUCUCUGUCAGAAACUGGUUUGUUUGAUUCAAGCUGUUUCCGUGUAUCUACGCUCAAUCUUCAGUUUCAUCUCCACCUACAUUUUCAGGCUGGAUGGAGAUGGGAGUGGUUCCUUAAAAAAGAAGGUUAAUGAAAUAAAUGUUCUUGAAACAGAGUCCGAGUUAUUACCAGUGGAUAAGUCCCAGAAAGAAGGUACUGAAUUAAUUAGAGAUAAAGAAGAUGAAAAAGAAGAAGAAGAAGAAGAAGAAGGGGUAUAUUUGAAAUUUAAGUUUCAGACAUAUGAAGAAUUUAGCCGGAUACAGAAAGGAGCAGGUGAUAUAUUUAAUUCCCAAGUGGUCCUCUCUGGCAGAAACGAUUUCACAUCUGGCAAAAGUUUUAUUACAACCUUUAUUGAUGAACUGGAGACUUUUCCCGUGAAGGAAGAAAUUAAUGCUACUGAUGUAGUAAUUGAUGAGCAAGUAUUUGAUGAUGAAAUUGAAAACAGAGAAAUUAAAGAAGUAUUGGUAUUUGAUACAGAGGAAAAUGAGCCACAAUUAGGAGGUGUUGUUGACGAGGAAGAGGAAAAAGGGAAUAUCGAAGGAAAUCGAGAUUUUUCCGACGAGUAUCGGAUUUUUUCAGAAAAGAACUCUGUGAUUACCGAUUCCGAUUGCGAGUCCGUUAGUUUUGUGCACGAUGGUUUCUUGUUUGACGGAGAUUUUGAAGGAGAAUUGGAUGAGAAAACUGAGUCGGAGAGUGAGUUGUUGUCCGAUUCGGAUAAUUUUGACGAAGAAGAUAGUGAUAUAAUGGAAGAACUCAAGAAACUAGAAGAGCACAAUCUUGAAAAUCCAGAUUUUUUGCGUGACCGAGACUUUAAUGAGGAUUUGGCCAAUACAAACGAUGACGAAUCUGAAAAAACGAGGUCAGACGAUUCUUCAGUGUCCGAAUCUGACGAUUCAAACAAAUUGGAGUCGUUGUGGGAGCAUCAAGAAUUGAUUGAGCAGUUGAGAAUGGAACUGAAAAAGGUUAGGGCGACCGGUUUGCCCACUAUUCAAGAAGAUUCCGAAUCGUCCCCGAAAAUGAUGGACAAUUUAAAGCCGUGGAAAAUCGACGAAUUCCAACGUGAAAGUUAUUGCGUAGGGGAGCUUCACAAAUUCUACAAGAGCUAUAGAGAGAGGAUGCGCAAAUUCGAUAUCAUCAAUUACCAGAAGAUGUACGCCAUGGGUUUUCUGCAGCUAAAGGAUCAUGCGAUUCCAAAGCAAAAAGCUCCACCCCCAUCACUAAAAUCACUCGUAUCGCAAAAUAUCUGGCUAUUUAAACACAAAAUCAACGGUAGUAAUCCGAUGAAGAAGUUCAUCAUGGAACUUCAAGGCGAUCUAGAAGCUGUCUAUGUCGGACAAAUGUGCCUUUCAUGGGAAUUCUUGCACUGGCAGUACGAUAAAGCCCUUCAAUUAUGGGAUUCCGACCCUCGUGGGUCCCGCAUGUACAACGAGGUGGCGGGUGAGUUUCAACAGCUUCAAGUCCUCAUGCAGAGAUUCAUAGAAGACGAACCUUUUCAAGGGCCGAGGGUGCAGUAUUACGUCAAGACAAGGUGUGCCGUUCGCAAUCUUCUUCAAAUUCCUGUAAUAAGAGAGGACAAGAAGAAAGAAAAAAGGAAAAAAGAAAUGGAUGAUGAAUAUGUUAUUACAAGCGACGUAUUAGUGGAGAUUGUCGAAGAAUCGAUACGAAUAUUUUGGAGAUUCGUACAAGCGGACAAGGACUGUUCGGCUCCACCAAUCAAUGGCCGCCACAAGAAAUUAUCUUGUAUUCCAAUCAUAGAAGAAGACAGCAAGUUACUUGUGGAGGUGAAGAGAAUUCUUCAAAAGAAAGAGAGGAAGUUGAAGGAACUAUUGAGGUGUGACAAUUGCGUUUUGAGGAAAUUAAGACGAUGUAGGGAAGAAGAUGAUUCGCAUUCGGAUCAAGUUCUUCAUUUUUUCUCGCAGGUGGAUAUGAAAUUAGUGUGUAGGGUUUUGAACAUGUCGAAAAUAACAAGAGAUCAACUGAUUUGGUGUCUUAACAAACUAGAUAGGAUUAGUUUUGUAAAUAGGAAACUUCGAAUGGAACCGGCUUUCUUGCUCUUCCCGUGUUAAACGUUUAGUAAUAAAUAGUACAUUUUUUUUCUCGGCAUGUAUACAUGUGACCAAAUUGAAUUUGGUAAAAUUUUGUAAUAAAAAGUUUUGUGUGGAGUUAGUUUCUAACUUGUUGAUUG